UCCCCCUCCCCCUCCCCCUCCCUCUCCGCCGAAUAUUAUCUCUCCCCUCCUCGAAUAUUCUUCGCUCCCUUUCCCCUCCCCACCCAUCAUAUCAUACUCUUCUCCUCCCCGUUCCAUCUCUCGCCCUCCCUUCCCAUCCCAUCCCAUCCCAAAUCUCUCCAUCCUUUUCUAUCUGUAUCUUCCGGUCGGCCGCCGGAUCGAUCUGGAGAUGAAGUUUGGGAAGAGCCUCAGCAACCAGAUCGAGGAAACGCUGCCGGAGUGGAGGGACAAAUUCUUGUCCUACAAGGAGCUCAAGAGGCGCCUCAAGUUCAUCGGCGGCGGGGAUCGGCUGGCCAAGAGGCCCAGGCUGGCCGAUGAUGAUGACAGCACGGAGGCGGCGAUCACGCGUGAGGAGGAGGACUUCUUGAGGCUUUUGGAAGCCGAGCUCGAGAAAUUUAACGCCUUCUUCGUCGAGAAGGAGGAGGAGUACAUCAUCCGCCAGAAGGAGCUGCAGGAGCGAGUAGCUCGAGCGGAGUCCAAGGAGGAGCUGAUGGAAGCGAGGAAGGAGAUCGUGGACUUUCACGGUGAGAUGGUCCUCCUAGAGAACUACAGCGCCCUCAACUACACCGGGCUGGUGAAAAUACUGAAGAAGUAUGACAAGAGGACGGGGGCUCUCAUCCGGCUACCCUUCAUCCAGAAGGUGCUCCAGCAGCCUUUCUUCACCACCGAUCUGCUAUACAAGCUGGUGAAGGAGUGCGAGUCCAUGCUGGAGAGCCUCUUCCCUAAGAAGGAAGAGCCAUCGGUGUCGGUGGAGGACGACGGGGAGGGAGAUGGUGAUGGAGAGGAGAAGCCGGCAAAACCUGCCUCCUCUUUGCUCGGAGGUGGGGUUCCGGAGUUGGAGGAGAUAGAGUACAUGGAGAGCUUGUACAUGAAGAGCACUAUCGCAGCAUUGCGCGCGUUGAAAGAGAUCAGAAGCGGGAGUUCCACGGUUAGUGUUUUCUCAUUGCCGCCAUUGCAGAACAGCGGGCAGGAGGAGAGGUGGAACGAGACCCCUGUUCUUGAACAAGCGGCGAAAUCAUCGUAAGCUGUGUUCCUGGAUGUUUAAGUUCAGUAAUUCUUGCAUGGGAUUUGCUCGGAGAUGGGACCAUGAUCCAUUUGCCCCCCCGCUCUCUCUCUCUCUCUUUCUCUCUCUUUCUCUGCUCUUUUUAGAUUUUUCUGCUUAUGUGAUUGCCUGUAUUAGAUGCUAGGUCUCCAACAGUUGUAAAAUGUCAGAAAUCCAUAUACACGUGGUAGAAUCUGGGAAUAUUUGCAUGGCUUCUCAUUCCCCCCUUUUA